AUGGUCUCCGUAACACUUUUAUUAUCGUUGUAUUCUUCAGUUGAAAAUUUUCAAACACUUCUUCAAUAUCUUCUAGUAAGACUCCUUUCGUUUGUGGGCCGA